AUGAUGUCAUUAAAACCAAGAAAUGUGGACUUUCAGGAGACAUGGGCUAGCCUAAAAGAGACGGUAGCAGGGGUUGUGGCAUUACGGGCCGUAGAGCGUGCCGUGUGGAACAUGCGUUUUUCUGAUGUAUAUGCACUGUGUGUGGCACAUCCUGAGCCUCUUGCAGACCGCCUAUAUGAUGAAACAAGAAAGUUCUUGGAAGAGCAUGUAUCGGGACUUUUACAAAGAGUUCGAGGUAAUUCACCUCUAGAAAGCAGUGACUUUAAUGAUGGAUUGCUUACUAGAUAUGUAGCUGCAUGGCAAGAAUACAGUCAGGGUGUGGCAUAUCUUAACAGCUUAUACUCCUAUCUAAACCUGCAACAUGUUAAAAGGCAGAAGGUUUCUGAUGCAGAGAUAAUAUAUGGUUCAUCGGCAACAGUUAGCUGUCCAGAACAUGAUUCCAGACAGUUAGAGGUGGGGGAGCUAGGGCUGGUGACCUGGGAACGGGUGCUGGUGAAACCGCUGUCAGGGGCUCUGACGUGUCGCAUCGUGGCAGCCCUGUCGGCAGCCCGAGAUAACUCGCUGGAGACUCCGCUGGCUGACGUGCUGCAUGCGGCCAUACACAGCGCGGUCUACGCUCAGGCUCACCGAGUCCGUGCACCUUUGCAGCUGUACCAGCAGCUUGUUCUGGAGCCAUACCUGGCCGCGGCGGCGACACACCACGCGCGAAGGGCUGCCGAUUUACUGCAGGACGGCAAUGUGUCCCAUUACAUGAAGCACAUUUUAGAAGGUCUGGAGCGGGAGACGGCGCUGGGGGCCCGCUAUCUGCACUCGUCCUCUUCGGAGGCGGUCCGCGGCUGCUACGAGCGGGCCGCGGUCGCUGCGCACCUGCCCGCCCUACACGCGCACACCGAGCGGCUGCUACGCGAGGCGUGCUCCGACGGCGAUGACGCCCCACAGCGGCGUGAGGACUUAAAGCGGAUGUACACGCUGCUCAAGCCGCUGAGCGGGCAAGGCGCGCUGCGGCCGUUGAUCGACGCGGCGCACGCUCAGGCCGCGCGCGAGGGCCUGGCCCUCCUGGCGCAGGAGCACAGCAAGGACGAGGCGCACACUCAUUUUGUAAACGCUAUGCUAACGCUGCACGGGAAAUAUAGCAAACUGUUCUCAGAGGUGUUUGAUGGUGCACAAGCCUUCAUUGGUGCACUCGACAAAGCGUGCAGCGCCGUGGUGAACGCGCGGCAGCCGGGCGAGGGCGCGGCGCGGGCGCCCGAGCUGCUCGCCAGGUACUGCGACGCCCUGCUGCGGCGGCGCGGCGCCGACCACGAGGCGGACGAGAAGCUCGCCGCGGCCAUAGUCGUCUUCAAGUACGUGGACGACAAGGACGUGUUCCAGAAGCACUACGCGCGCGCGCUCGCCAGGCGCCUCAUCCACCAGCUCUCCGCCUCGAUGGAGCAGGAGGAGGCGAUGAUCAACCGGCUCAAGGCGGCGUGCGGCUACGAGUUCACGAACAAGCUGCACAGGAUGUUCACCGACGUCGCCGUGUCGGCCGACCUCAACGCCAAGUUCCAGCAGCACCUGCGGGAGAACAACCUGUCCACGAACACCGGCUUCUUCAUACAGGUGUUGCAGGCGGGCGCGUGGCCGCUGGGCGGGGCGAUGGCGCCACUCGCGCCGCCCGCCCAGCUCGAACGGCCGGCGCGUCUGUUCGAGGCGUUCUACCGCGCCUCCUUCAGCGGCCGCCGCCUCGCGUGGCUGCACCACCUCUGCACCGGCGAGCUGCGCACCCGCUACACGCAGCGGGUGUACCACAUCAGCGCCACCACGCCGCAGUGCGCGCUGCUGCUGAUGUUCGAGACGGCGGACACGGUGAAUGCGCGGGAGGCGCGCGAGGCGCUGCAGCUGAGCGGCGAGGCGUGGGCGCGCCACGUGCGGCCGCUGCUCGACGCCGGGCUGCUGACGGCGCGCGGCGACGUCGACGCCGACUCGGACGCCGACGCCGACGCCGACGCCGACACCGACGCCGACACCGACGCGACGUCGACGGGCCGCGCCGACGCCGAGCUCGCGCUCAACCUGGCCUUCAGCUGCAAGCGCACGCGGCUGCGGCUCACGUGCGCCGCCGCGCCCCCACACUCAGGUGGGGGCGGCACCAACAUUGCGAGCGGUGGCAGUGGUGAGGCCGCGCACUGCGACGACGACCGCAAGAUGUACCUACAAGCGGCUCUAGUGCGGAUAAUGAAGCAGAGAAAGGUGCUGCGUCACACGGAACUGAUCCAGGAGGUGGUGGCUCAGGCGCGCGGCUCGUUCGCACCGUCCGUCGCGAUGAUCAAGAAGUGCAUAGAGGCCCUCAUAGACAAGCAGUACCUGGAGCGGGCGCCCGGCACCCUGGACACCUAUUCGUACCUAGCG